UCGUAGUUGUGUACCUGUGUGUCCUUCAGCCCCCGCGUCGUCCUGAUUCUUCAGACGAUCGAUACGUCAUGACGAAGCACGCAGCCAUCUACCCGUCAGAGGAUGAGCUCCAGUCCAUCCAGAAGAUCGUAUCUAUUACAGAACGGGCCCUCAAACUGGUCUCGGACAUAAUUACAGACCAGGACAAGGCCAGUGAAGAGGAUAAAGACAAGAAGGAAUCCUGUAAAGACAGAGCCCUGAAGGGAGUGAUGAGGGUUGGAGUCCUGGCCAAAGGCUUGCUCCUGCGUGGGGACAAAAACGUCAACCUUGUUUUGCUCUGCUCAGAAAAGCCCACCAAGAGCCUGCUUACCCGCAUCGUGGAGCACCUCCCUAAACAACUAACUAUCGUAACACCAGAGAAAUACGAGGUCAAGGGAUCCAUCCAGGAGGCAGCCAUCAUCCUGACGUCCUGUACCGAGCCAAAGAUGCAAGUGACGAUCACGCUGACUUCCCCCAUUAUCAGAGAGGAGAGCGGCCGGGAUGGAGAUGUAACCUCGGGUUUGGUGAAAGACCCAGCGGACGUCUUGGAAAGGCAAAAAUGCCUUGACGCUCUGGCUGCUCUGCGCCACGCUAAGUGGUUCCAGGCUAGAGCUAAUGGACUUCAGUCAUGUGUGAUCAUCAUCCGAAUCCUGCGAGACCUCUGUCAACGAGUCCCUACGUGGUCGUCCUUUCCAGGAUGGGCCAUGGAGCUGCUGGUAGAGAAGGCCAUCAGCAGCGCCUCCGCCCCGCUCAGCCCAGGCGACGCACUGAGACGCAUCUUUGAAUGUAUUUCCUCUGGGAUUUUACUCCCCGGUGGGCCAGGAUUGGUCGAUCCGUGUGAGAAGAAACCCGUGGACACUCUGGUGCCCAUGGAAGAGCAACAGAGGGAGGACAUCACCUCAAGUGCCCAAUUUGCGCUGAGGCUGCUGGCGUUCCGUCAGAUCCACAAAGUUCUGGGCAUGGACCCUCUGCCACAGAUGAACCCACGCUUCAACAUCCGCAACAGCCGCAAGCGUCGCCGGGACAACAGCGACGGGACGGACAGCUUUGAGGGCGAAGGCAAAAAAGACAAGAAAGAUUACGACAGUUUGUAAGCUUCUGUGUUCAUAACAUACUAAAGUCAUAAGUUGUUGUAUGCACUGUCUCUUUUCUGUUUUAUAAGCUACAAAUGUUUCUGUUUAACUGCAGCUUCAUUUGCUGUUGAACAAACAAGAGAACAUGUCAGUGUACUGUUUUAGUUGUAGAGUUGUUUUUCUUUUAGGCUACAGUCACAGAUGAUGAUGAUGAUGAUGAUGAUGAGCUCGUGCCACUGCUUCCCUCUCACCUGUGUUUAUGUUUCAGUUGAAGGUGAAAUGACUUAGCAUCAGAUUUAAAGCUUCAUUCACAGGUGUUUGCUAUCGUGUUGUUGUUGUUGUUGUUUCUGUUCAAUAAUGACUGUACUUGACGCACGUGAUGUUGAUGCUGUGCUCCUGUUUCCUGAUGCUAAAGACAAAAUAGAAAAGUUGGAAACAUUGAAGUGGUUGGGGUUCGUCCUCUGGGGAACAUGCUAAAAUAUGAUAAAGAUUAUGUGGGGCAUUGCACAACACUUGAAGAACUGUAACUGUUGUUAGGUCUUUGUUUGUAGUGACGUCGUCCGCCCUCUGUGUCGUUUAGUCUUUUUAUUUUCAUAUAUAUAAGAAAGUAUUUGUAUAUUCAUUAGAUGAAAAUGCUUUGAUUUGUGGAAAACAUGGCCAUGUUCAUGACGCGUACAGUUUUUGGCUUUUAAAAUGUAUAAUGUUCCUAAGGAUCUGUAUUGGCUUGCUUGCCUUUUUAGUUUGUUUAGGUACUAAUUUAAAUUGAGUAUUUGAAAAUGCAAAGAAAAGCAGGUUAUUGUCGGUGGAAGGAAUCACUUGGAGAUCCUGUUGUGAAUGACUGCUGUGCUCUGAGUUCUGCUUUAACAUUUCCAUUAGCAGAAUAAAUACAUUUCCAGAUUGAA